CUGCGCUGUGAUCGCCCCAGGUUGUUGCCCUAGUUGUGUGUUUCGAUUUGUCGUGGUGUGAGAUUGUGAGCACUUUAACUGUGAUUUGAGUUGUUAUAAAGUAUUGUAAAGCGUUCUGCACGCAUGCAAAAAUAUGUCACGUAUUCCAAGAAGUGGACCACGUGUGAACCGUGGAAAGCCGAAUCCUCACGCUUGCUUCAAUCAUCAAAAAAAGGAACCUCCACUGUGCACGGAGUUGAUAAAGCUUGCGCGUAAAAGCGGCCAGCUAAAUUUAUCUGGAAGAGGAAUGAUUGAAGUUCCUGACAUGGUUUGGAAUAUAAACAACCCCACUGAAGAUGAACGCAAGGCCAUGACAGUGUCCCUGGACCAGGGCGACGGGGACCAUUGGUGGGACCAGUCUGAUUUCACCAAGCUGUAUCUGUCGUCGAAUCAGAUUAGUAGCAUCCCAGAUGAAAUUGGCAAUCUCCGAUCUCUCACUGUUCUCGAGUUGCAGGAUAACAUGCUUGUCACACUCCCAAACGGCAUUGGAGAGCUCCUGCAGCUUAGCAAACUCAAUAUCAGCCACAACAAGAUAGAAAAACUGCCGGACGCAUUCUUUCAACUGAAAGAACUACGGCUCAUUCUGGGACAACAUAACCUGCUCGAGGAACUGAGUGACGACAUUGGAAACUUGAGCAUGCUCGAGCAAGUGGAUCUGUCUCACAAUAAACUAACUUCCCUGCCAGCAACCAUCGGAUUCCUCUCCCGGCUCACGAGGCUCAAUCUGUCACACAAUAGCCUUGCUGCCGUUCCACCAGAUAUAGGAAGCAUGAAUGCUUUGCAGAUUUUAGACCUGUCCUGGAAUAGGCUGAAGAGCCUUCCUGAACAGUUAGGCACAUUGUGCCACAUGGAACAGCUUUUCUUGCAGCAAAAUGAACUGCGUGCACUACCUAGCUUUUCAGGCUGCCCAAAGUUAAAGGAGCUCCACGCUGGGAACAACCAAAUAACUGAACUUCCAAUUGAUGUUCUAGAGACCUUGCUCUCGCUAAAGACCUUGGACUUGAAAAAUAACAAGAUCAAAGUACUCCUUCCUGAUAUUACAAUGAUUCAGGGGCUUGAGCGGUUAGACCUGACAAAUAAUGACCUCGCAACACUUCCUUAUACGCUGGGAACAAUGACACACAUUCAUUGCCUCGGAGUUGAAGGAAAUCCCCUCAGGGCCAUCCGAAAGGACAUUCUCAAGAGAGGUACAGUACACCUUCUCAAAUGGCUGCAGGAGCGUCUCAGCGAGAAUCCCGAAAAUGCAAAGAGGAGGACACCUAGUGGCAGUGACGGGAGUGAUCUCGUGGAGUCGAUUGAGAGAUUUUCAUUGAAAGCAACACAUGCACUAGACUUGAGUAAGCAGUCCUUGAAAGAUGUUCCCGAAGAGAUUUUUAAACUGGCAGCAGAGUGUGAUGUCAAACAGAUUGAGUUGAGCAAAAACAACUUUACUUCGCUUCCAAAAGGGCUCGAACUCAUGUGCCCAACGAUGUCCGAACUGAGCGUUGGUUUCAACCGGAUCUCGGAAGUCCCCGCCUACUUGGGAUGCGCGAAGCAUCUGACAUUUUUGGAUUUGAGGAACAACUUGCUCGCUGGAUUGCCAAAGGAACUACGUAUGUUGUCGUGCAUCAGAGAGGUUAAUCUGUCCUUUAACAGAUUGUCAAAGCUUCCUGACGUGAUAAGAAGUUGGGCGACGCUUGAGAUUCUCUUUUUAUCGGACAACCACAUCGAUGAGGUGGACAUGGAAAUAUUGCCUCAGCUGAAACAGCUUGCAGUUCUUGAUCUGCGAAACAAUAAUAUUUCUCAGGUCCCUCCGGAACUCGGAAAUAUGAGGCAACUCAGGAACCUUCAACUGGAAGGCAACCCAUUCCGCAACCCAAGACCUGCCAUACUGUCGAAGGGAACAUCAGCAUUAUUGGAAUUCCUGCGUGACAGAAUUCCGCGAUAAACCAAUAUAGCAGCCAACUGACGUGAAUUUCAUUCUCUCUUCACUGUUGUUGGAAGAUAAGUACUGGUUUUGAUCGUGGACUUCGCACUUGUUUUCAGUUCUGCAAUGGCCAGAAGGUUCUUACAGGAAUCGAUAAUUUGUUUGAAAGUAUUUCUCUGCAGUCGUAGAGUUUGAAAGAGUUGUGUAAGUACAGCAAGAUUAGAUUUGGAGGUUUAGGGAAUAGGAUGGCAUUAGCAGAGUUUGGUACAGACUGUGGGUUUAAAUAAUAAUGUGUUGUGCAGUAUCAACAGAAAAAAAUGCGCCUUGGUUGGGAAAUCGCAGUAAGAACUGGGCAGUUGUGCUCCAAAGUUAUUUAUUUUGUUAUUUGAAAAUGCCCACCAAGAGAAUUACAUAUAGCAAGAACAGAAAAAACAUCGAGUCAAAGGUGUUGAAUUGAUAAAAGUGCUGUACAUACAAUACUGUAACGUUGCGAUGUGGUAUUUUUGUGUGCUUAUUUAUUAUUAUUAUUAUUAUUAUUAUUCAGACUCUGGAGUCUGUGUCUUUGAGGUCAUGUAGUGAGAUUCAUAUGCAGCAUUUUGCCUCAGCAUUUUUACAGAGUGAUACAUUCCUGCAUCUGUGAGGACAUUUCGCAGUCAGUCAGCGAGGUGAUUAUUCGUAGUGCAGAGUUUUGGUUUAGCUUGUAACUGGCUUGUUGACAGAGGAUGAGACAGGGAACAUAUUUGGCAUGAUGUACAAGAGCUGUGCUGAGGUUCGUCAACGGCACCAUGGUACUUUUGUUUCUGUUAUCUACGUGAGGACGUUACACUGAGAAGUAAAAAAACUGUCUGAGCAAGUGCAUCAUCACCCAAGUUGUUGCACGACGAGGUUGUUUAUAUGGCCCUGCUAAAAGAAUGCUACAAAUUUGUUGAUCCGUACGGUUCCACUGCCACUUACAGUUCCUUACAAAUGUACAUACUACAGAGUAGCUUGUAGGGGGAAUAGCUUGUGCAUGUAUGUCCCUAUGUACCCCACAGUCCCUUCAAGUCCCUACACGCUGCUUAGCAUUUCUAAAUAAAUAGGUAUGGGCAGCACCGAACAAACCUUUACAAUUGCAAGAAAUGCAGAAGGUAAAGUAUUGACCCAGUAUGAUAAAUCUGCUGUGAAAGAGGAACUCUGGUUGAUUGGAAAGGGGAAGGGAUAAAGGGGGAACAGAUAUCACCUUUGGCUGUUAGAGUGGUUGUAGAUGUCUGUAAACACAGUUAGAUCACGUUGGCAAUGAAUUGUUGUUUGUUCUGCAGUACGUAACAAGGCUAGCAAUCGCUGCGCCUUUGUUAGCCUCAUUCGAGGCUCUUGUCGGAAGAGAGAGUGUCUCUACGUUAUUUAUGUGCAGAACCGAAGCACAGGCGUUGCUGGACAUCAGUAGUGUAGCCAGAAAAAUAUGUUGGGAGGGUUCUAUAGGGGUUAUAUUGGAGGAGGAUUACACCCUCGUUUUCCCUUUCCUAAAUGCGCUACCAUUGUAGCGCAUGCACUCUCUUUGUUAUGCAUUCGGAGGACGGGGUAGAACCCCCCGUAAACCCAACCCCUGGCUACACCACUGCUGGACAGGUACUAUCAGCUGUGUUCUGUGCACAUUUUGUAUCUCUCAUAUCUCUCAAAUACUGAAGCUAUCAGGUCACGUCUAAGCACUUAUCACAGUGUGGUUUACAAAGUGUUAUUCGCCAUGCUGUUGCGUGUUGCCUAUAUUCGCUGUUAUAUUGCAUAAUAAAGCAAAUGCUGUGCAGUAGAA